AUGAAGGGAUACUACGAGAAGAACGCUCCAUCCAAAAUUUCAGCUCGGGCCAAGCAGCGUUUUGCUGACCCUGCAUUCAGGCAGCUUAUCAGCCAAGUCAAGACAGGUGUGGCAUUUCAUUGUAAAGCUUGUGGGCAGCCUGGGCAUCGAAGAAACUUCUGUCCCUCGUUGGGGCAUGUGAAGCAAGAUCGUAAAAAAAGAGGUUUGCGGAAGCUUAUGCAGUGCUCAAGAGAGAUCCGCCAGCAAGUUAUGAAUCAGCGAGCUAUGCGAUUUCUUCCCACUGCUCGCCGGUUUCGCCGCGCCUCGCUGCCAUCAAUCUCUCCCCCAAUACCAUCUGAAUCAUCAGCGUUACUACCAUUGUCGAGGCUCGGACUGUUGGACCGAACAAGACCUGCGCUUAGACCAGCAGCAUUGCUUGCAAGCUUGAAGCCGGACCUAUCUCUUCGACCUGGCCUCAAUCCUUUGCCACCAGCUCCCUUCUUUCCUCUUCUUGCUCCACGCGAAUCACCUUCAACGUAUGUAAAACAAUUCCGGCUUCUAGCCUCCUGGAGACCCACUAGCCACACCAUUGAAUCCCGCUCGUCAACAUCUCAUUCUCCUCCCUUUCUCUACACUUCUCUAUCGUUUCCGUUAUCCGUUACAUCCCGCCAAUCGUCCUCUCUCCGAUCCAAGGCCCACAUGAAGGCUGUUGUAUUUGACGAGCCUGGAGGUGCGGAGGUCCUCCAGGUCCGGGAGGUUCCGAUGCCUGAGGUUCGGGAAGGGGAGGUGCUGAUUCGUGUUGCUGCUACUGCUUUGAACAGAGCCGAUAUCAUGCAACGCCUGGGAUCCUAUCCUCCACCUAAAGGUGCAUCACCCAUUCUUGGUCUAGAGUGCUCUGGAACCGUCGAGUCGGUUGGCUCUCACGUAACACGCUGGAAGGUUGGCGAUCAGGUCUGUGCACUGCUGGCUGGGGGUGGAUACGCUGAGUAUGUAUCAGUACCUGAGUCCCAGCUUCUUCCAGUGCCAGAAGGUGUGCCGCUAGUGGACGCUGCAGCUCUACCGGAGGCUGCAUGCACGGUGUGGUCCACUGUCUUCAUGAUGGCGAAGCUGCAGCCUGGAGAGUCGUUUCUGGUGCAUGGUGGAUCCAGUGGUAUUGGUACAUUUGCUAUUCAGUUGGUGAAGCUGCUCGGAAGUCGUGUCUUUUGUACAGCUGGCUCAACAGAGAAGCUGGAUCAGUGCCGUCAACUGGGUGCGAAUGUAACAAUCAACUAUCGCAAGGAGGAUUUUCUGGCACGUGUCAAGGAGGAGACCGGUGGGAAAGGUAAUGGUAGCUGUCAGAAUGUUAUUAUUGUCUAG